CCCCUCCCUCCAUGGGGUCGGGAAGGGCGGUGUACCGAGCGUUCGACACCUCCCUCACCCACCUGACCGUUCACGGGAAGACAGGUGAGGUGUUCGUCGGCGCCGUCAACCGAGUGCUGAAGCUGUCGGCCAAUCUGACGGAGCUGAGGAGUCACAUGACCGGACCUGUGGAGGACAACGCCAAGUGUUACCCUCCACCCAGCGUCAGGGCCUGCGCUCACCGACUGGAGUCAUCAGACAAUGUGAACAAGCUCUUACUGGUGGAUUAUACUGGGAACAGACUGGUGGCCUGUGGCUCCAUCUGGCAGGGCGUCUGUCAGUUCCUCAGACUGGAGGAUCUCUUCAAACUGGGAGAGCCGCAUCACCGCAAGGAGCACUACCUGUCUGGAGCCAGAGAGGCUGAUGGGAUGGCAGGUGUGGUUGUCGGUGAGGACGACUGGACAGUCGACCCCAAGAGGAAGAAGCCGGUGAAGGGCAGCAGCCGCCUGUUCAUUGGCGCUGCCAUUGACGGGAAGUCAGAGUACUUCCCCACGCUGUCCAGCAGGAAGUUGGUGGCAGACGAGGAGAGCGUCAACAUGUUCUCACUGGUCUACCAAGACGAGUUCGUCUCCUCGCAGAUCAAGAUCCCAUCUGACACGCUGUCCCUCUACCCGGCCUUUGACAUCUACUACGUCUACGGGUUCUCCAGCCGCACGUACGUCUACUUCCUGACGCUGCAGCUGGACACGCAGCUGACGCAGAUGGACGCCGGCGGAGAGAAGUUCUUCACCUCUAAGAUCGUCAGGAUGUGCUCCAACGACACCGAGUUCUACUCGUACGUCGAGUUUCCUCUGGGCUGCACCAAAGACGGUGUCGAGUACCGACUCGUCCAGGCCGCCUACAAGCAGAAACCCGGGCGACGGCUGGCCCAGGCGCUCAGCCUGUCCGAGGACGACGACGUCCUGUUUGUCGUCUUCUCACAGGGUCAGAAGAAUCGCUCCAACCCACCCAGAGAGACGGUCCUUUGUCUGUUCACCCUCCAUGACAUCAACCUGGCCAUGAGAGAGAGGAUCCGCUCCUGUUACCGCGGAGAGGGACGCCUCUCGUUACCAUGGUUACUCAACAAGGAGCUCCCGUGCAUCCACACACCGAAGCAGAUCGGAGACGAUUUCUGCGGCUUGGUGCUGAACCAGCCGCUCGGAGGCCUGAGGGUCAUCGAAGGAAACCCGCUGUACGAGGACCGGACCGAGGGCAUGGGAGCUGUGGCGGCCUACACCUACGGAGAGCAUACGGUGGUGUUCGUGGGAACCCGGAGCGGACAGCUGAAGAAGCUUGUGUCCUUGAGCAUAAUGCAGAAGCUUAAAGUGCUCUUAAUUUGUGGAGGGAAAGCCGAGAGUUCCUCUGAAGAGAAGAGCAGAGCGAUGUGUGCUUCAUCGCUGAGGCUGGGAUCUGCACCACAGCCUGAAACCUUCUCCAGAUAUGAUGAGUGA